AAAACAGUGUCGGGGUAGGAAGUAGCGGGUAGCCUCAAUGUUAUAUACAGAGGUGGGAGUCACUUUGAGUCCAUUACCAUGUUCUUGGAAAACAACGUGUUUUAAAAUGCGUCUUCGACUUAUUUUCAGAAAUGCCACAGAAAGAUCCUUGUCAAAAGCAGGCAUGCGCCAUCCAGAAGUGUUUACAAGCUAAUAAGUACAUGGAGAGUAUGUGCGAGGAUGUGAUCCGAAACAUGCGGCGGUGCUGCGAAGUCCACAGGGGAAACUCGACCUGCUGCUCCGGUUUUAAGGACUCCAAACCGACUGAAAACAAGAACGAAACAUAAACCACCCGUUCUCCUUUACGUAGUGGUAGAAAGGUCCACUGCAACAAUAUAGCAGACCUCAAACAAGGCGAUGCAAACAGAAGGAAUCCUUUCAUCAAGUGUCUCACUUGUUCUUGCUGGUGGCUAGCUCCAGCAGUUUGUAGGCAAAAGGCAGGGCUCAACCUGGACAGACAGCCAGUCCAUCACUGGGCAGCAAAGAGACACACAUGCACACACUUAAUACCCAAUGUAAAUGUAGACAGACUGAAUAACCUAACAGUUAUGUUUAUUGUAUUGUGGGAGGAAGCUGGAGUACCCAGAGAGAACUAGCGGAUACACAAAAGAGCAUGCAGAAAGACCCAAGACAGGGAUUUGAACCCAAAACCCUACUUUAUUGUUAGGUUUCUGGAAUUUCUGCAGCAUUAUAUGAAAAAAAAAAUGAUAAGGAAGAUAUGGGGGGGGACUUUUUUUUUGGCCUUUUAAAUCUUGCUCAUUUGUAAACAUAACAAAAAUUGUUAAAAUAAAAUGAGACAUUUUGCCAAAGUA